AUGUGUAGAGCUGACUUUGCGGUGGCGGACAUAACAGUGAGCGACGCCCGCAAGAAAUUCGUGGACUUCACGGAACCCUUUAUGGAGAACUCGAUUGCAAUCCUUAUAAACAAGAAAAAUGCCAAAAAUAUCCAUUCCUUUAAGGAUUUGGCCGAUUCUGACAUCAAAUACGGCACUUACAAAAUGGGCUCCACUUAUAACCUGUUCUCGGAGUCAAACGACCCGACCAUCCGUCGCAUGUAUACCCAUAUGACACGACAUCCCGAUGAUAUGGUUAAUAACGCCAAAGAUGGGGUCGAUAAAGUGAAUGGCAGUCGGUUUGCCUUUUUAGUGGAGUCCAGUUUCGCUGAGUUUCUGAGCGGAAUGUAUUGCGAUCUGACUUUCAUUGUGGACAGAAAUAACUACUUUCCCCGUCAGUACGCCAUAGCCCUGCCUAAGGACUCGAGUUAUUUGAAUAAAUUUGAUCACGCGAUCAGACGCCUCAAGAAAAGCGGACAAUUGGACAGAAUUAAGGGCCGCUAUUGGAAGGACAGGUGUGAGGACAGUAAGGGCGACGACACUAAUAGUAAUAAUAAUGAUAACAAUAAUCGCAAUAAUUAUGUCGAGGAGAAGAAGAAGACAACCAUCCGAUGGGCCGACUCUGGAUAUGAUGUUGACAGAGAAAUAGUGAGUGAUGGCAGUAGAGUAGGCAGAGUUGUAUUUGUGACCUCAAACCAUCGUAUGAUUAGCGACGACUAUAAUGUCCAUUUAGAGCCCAAUGAGUUCAUGGAAGCGAUAAUGUACUGUAUAAUGAAAGAGAAAUUUCUGUUUAGCGCCUGUAUUAUAAGCGGUGGCCACAAGAAAUGA